AUGGCAACUCUAUCUCACAUUUUCGCAGGUCUCUUGGCCUUGUUGAAUUUCUUCUCUCUAACAACUGCAUUUACCAAUCCCAUCCGAAACCCCGGAGGCAGUGAUCCCUUCAUAGUCUAUACCGGGGGAUAUUACUAUCUGCUAACCACCACCUGGUCCGAUGUUGAAAUUGCCAGAGCAACCACAAUCGAAGGACUUGAAACAGCAACUAAAAAAGUAGCUUAUUCAACAUCCACGGCAUCGCGAUGCUGCAAUGUCUGGGCUCCCGAGGUUCACUAUCUUGAUGGGAAGUGGUAUAUUUACUAUACCGCUGGCGAUAGUUCUGAUCUAGAUGGCCAGCGACUUCAUGUUCUGACUGGCGGUGCUACACCAUGGGACGAGUAUACCUAUUCUGGCCAACUCACCACAGAAUGGUCCAUCGACGCCUCUGUCCUCCGCUUCAACGACUACGGGCCAUAUCUGAUGUUCUCCUGCUUCCACGGCGUGACGUAUCAAUCCAUCUGCAUCCAGCAACUCGGAUCCGAUUAUGUCUCUCUCACAGGCGAUAUCCACGUCAUCUCCCAACCCACUGAAUCCUUCGAAACAAACGGCACCCCCGUCAACGAAGCCCCAGUUGCCUUAUACUUUGGUGGAAACACCUACAUCACAUACUCUGCGUCCUACUGCUGGACACCGUAUUACUGUCUGGGCCUACUUACUUGGGACGGGACGACGAAUCCCACCGACGCAAGCGCAUGGAGUAAACACAACGGGUGUGUAUUUGCGUCAGCGAAUGGAAACUACGGGUCUGGACAUAAUGGUUUCUUCACGAGUCCGGAUGGAUCGCAGACGUGGAUUGUGUAUCAUGCUACGACGAAUAGUGCGGGGGCGUGCGAUGAUAGUCGGUAUACGAUGGUGCAGUUGUUGGGGACGCAUAGCGAUGGGAGUCCGAAUUUUGGGGCGCCGGUAGAUUGGUCGCAUGUGUAUAGUGAGCCGAGUACGUAG